AUGGGAAGGUGCUUGAGAAAGCACGGGGUAUCGGUGUCGUCGGGUUUCGGGUGGAUUUUUCCAGAUGUUUGUAGAGAUUUUGUUGGGAAACAGCUGCUUAUAUUGCUCCCGAAGUUUUAUCGAGGAAAGAGUAUGAUGGCAGGGAAGAUUGCAGAUGUUUGGUCAUGUGGGGUCACAUUGUACGUGAUGUUAGUAGGUCCGUACCCAUUUGAAAAUCCUGACGACUCCAGAAAUUUCAAGAAAACAAUCAAUAGAAUACUCGACGUUCACUAUUCGAUCCCAGAUUAUGUUAGAGUUUCCAAUGAAUGCAAACAUCUCUUGUCCCGAAUAUUUGUAGCUGACCCGGAAAAGAGGAUAACCAUACCAGAAGUUAAGAUGCACACUUGGUUUCUAAAAGGUGUAAAUGUCGAAUUUGAGCAAGUAGACAAGGAAGCUAAUAUGCAAGUGAAAAAUGUCGAGGAUUAUUGUUCUCAAAGUAUUGAAGAAGCUCUUUCUAUAAUUCAAGAGGCCCGAAAAUCGGGUGAUGGCCCGAAAUUGGAUGCUCAUUUGUUUGAUGGGAGCAUGGAUCUCGAUGAAAUAGACACCGAUGCUGAUAUAGACGAUGUUGAGACGAGCGGGGAUUUUGCUUGUUCUCUUUGA